AUGGAAGAGAAAGGAGCGGGGAGUGGAGAUUUCUCGCGGUUUGUAAAUUUAGUGAAAGAUACAAAACAUGUGGAAUACGUCAAACUCAUCGUAUCCUGCUUAGAUUACAGUUCUGAGGAUUCUUUCAAUCGUUUUAUUCUUCAAACAGCUCUCACUAGUGCUAGUGUGGAUGGUAGGAAAUGGACAACUCAGUUUUUGAAUAUUUUGCUGUCUCACAACAUCAGUAAUUUCUCCAUUUGGGGGAUAAAAUUGUUGUUGAGACAACUUGCGGAUUCCUCAGCAAAACUUGUCCGACAUGCGCUGCGUCUGCUACACCGUUGGAUACCACACUAUCCAGAGAGUGUUUAUCUUAUCAAAGACAUAUGUUUCGAUGAAUUUGGUGAUGCGGGAAUUUUGUUAAAGACAUAUCUUUUCUCCAGUGAGAGUUACGUUAAGGACAAUUUUCAUGAUACUUUAACAACACUGGAUUAUUGGAAAAAGAAAUUCAAUACGCGUUAUGUCGAAAUAAUUGAUGAGGAUGUUAGAGUUGCCUUGUUGGGUUCAAAACGUUCAAUCGAUGGACAAUAUGCAAGGCCUUCAAAUGAACGAAUUGCUAAAUUUGGUGUACCAAUGCCAGUUCAUCUUUAUGGACAACUAGCACUACAUGAUACCGGUCGUGAACUAUUGCUGAAAUCGAAUGAAGUUGAUCGGCUGCUUGAUAUUUUACGUGAUUCUCCCUUACCAACAGAUACUUGUCAAACAUCCGAAUUAAAAGGUGCGCUAUACGCGCUUGGGCAUAUUGUUGCCAAUCUGAAUCCCAAUCUUUUACCCUCAGAAACAGUACCAAUUAUAUGUCGCUUUGCUGAGUGUUGUCCAGUUCUUAGUAUCCGAGGUUCAGCUUUCUGGGUUCUCAAUCUUAUUGGUAAUACAAAACUUGGUUCUACUUUGCUGCUGUCAUUAGGUUGGGAAAGUAGCAACUUUAUUGUUGGUAGGGGAAAAUCAAAUAUACCGCUAUUAAAAGAAGCUAAUAUGGAUAUAAAUAAGAUUUGGAUUCAGUGCAUCGAUGGGAAGCUUCCUUCACAAUACGGAAUAAAUUUAAAGAAUGAAGAUAAGAAUGAGACAAUUUCAUUGGAUGAUACCAAUAAUCUUGUGGAUGAUACAAUUUCUGGAUCCAAACAUACGUAUGCAAUACAUUCAAAUGUAAUGAAUGGUUGGAACUCUAUCACAAUGGAUGAGUUCGAUUGUGGAGUGCUUUGGUAUGGAAAAAUGAAUUAUUCAAGUAAAAAUUAUGAUGUUUCCAGGCGUGAAAGUCGUUUGUUUAACCAUGGCAAUGUUAUUGCAGUGCAAAUGACAAGAGAAGAAAUCCAAGAUUGUUUAAUGAUUCGCAGUCAAUUUCGCCUGUCUCCAUUUCUGCUUAACAGAAUGCUCAUGUUUGACAGUGCUCUUGAAAUUCCAAUGAAUUAUAUUGCUAUAUCAGAUGAUAAGUUUUUGUAUUGCCGUGACCUUCGGAAUCUAAUGGGAAGUGAACGCACAAAAUCUUUAAGGAAAUCGCAUUCCGAAUCAACAGAAUCACAACCGAUCAAGUUACCCGGUCAGUCUAUAUCACUCCCACGCAGUCCCGAUCUUUUUUUUAAGAACAUAUUUGUCGGUGAUGAAUUCAUUGAGCACAACUGUGAUUCAUUAUUUAUUAAGUGGAAACAUCGAAUUAAUAAUUGCUUCUAUUGUUCAUGGCCUGAGGAGUAUUUCGGCAACAAAAAUACCUUAGAAGUUGAGGUAUCGAGUGAAGCAAGAGACGAAAUAAUAUCGAUGUUUUUAUUACAAGGAUCAAAAUGUGCAGUGAAUUCAAAAAAAUUGCUCAAGAAUUAUUCAUCAAAUCGUAAAAUUUUUACCUCGCCUUGCCUUUAUUCUGAUAUUCUGGUAUUAUUGGCUCAGCACGAUUAUAGCACUGAAGCACGACGUUUAGUACAUGAGCUAUUUACGGACGCUUUAAAAAAAGCAACUCAGUUUACGUGA